UCUCCGCAGGUUGGUUUCUAGGCCAUGGCCACACAGCAGCAGGCAAAGCCCCAGGACGAGCUGGUGUCCAAGCAACCGGGCAACAACAAACAGGAGGAUGAGGAGGAGAUCGAUGAGGCGGCCGUCGUGGUUCCGCCGGACAGCGGCUGGGCAUGGGUGGUGAUGGUGGCCUCGUUCCUCUGCUGCACGGUGAUCGAUGGAAUCGUCUUCUGCUCGCCGCUUAUCCAGGAGCAGCUGAUGGCUGAGUUCAAUGUGAGCAAGGGCUAUGUGGCCUUUGUGUCUUCGCUGCUCAGUGGCUGCUACCUGAUGGCAGGACCCUUUGUGAGUGCUAUGGCGAACCGAUUUGGAUUCCGACCGGUGACUAUAGCUGGUUCAGUCUUCGCUGCCAUUUGCUUCGGGCUGUCGUACUUUGCCACCAGCGUGGAGUACCUUUUCCUGAUCUAUGGCAUCCUGGGCGGCAUUGGCUUCUGCAUGGUCUACAUUCCUGCUGUAGUCAUCAUCGGUUUCUACUUUGAGAAGUGGCGUGCCGUGGCCACCGGAGUGGCUAUGUGCGGCUCCGGCGUCGGCACCUACGUGUUCGCUCCCCUCACGAACAUCCUGUUGAAGAUGGGCUGGCGCGAAACCCUGGCCAUCCAGGGAAUCAUUGUCCUGUCAUGCGCCCUGUUUGGCCUGGCUUUCCGACCCAUCCAGCCAAUCACUCUGUCCGUUUCCACCGAGGAAGGCGACGAGCAGGAGAAGAGCAAACUGAACGGACAUGGCAACACUGUGGCCCCCACUCCACAGCUCCACCAGGCCGCCUUUACCAAGCCGCUGCCGGAGGGCCGGUUCGCCUACUCAAUGCCCAACUCCGCCCACAACACGUACAUGGGUGCCUCCCAGCGCAACCACUACCCGACCGCCCAGGAGAUCUUCAAGGGCAUGAAUCUGGAGAGGAGGCCUUCGGGCAACGCACCAGGCAGCAAGGGUACUGAGCUGAAACAACUGCGCAAGUCCCAGCCCACCACUCCCAACGGAGAUCCCCAGCAGCUGACCUUCAACCUGCACAAGGAACUGACCACCGUGGGUGAGAACGAGGAGGAGGCGGAGAACGACAACCUGUUGGAGACGGAGGCCAAGCCAGUGACCAUCCAGGCACGUCGUCACACCGUUUCUGGCCGUCGCCCCCAGGAUAUUGGCAAGCGACCAGUCGCCGGAGCCCAGGACCCCAACCAUGGACAAUCGCACUCCUCGUCCAGACCCAUGUACCGUGAUGAUAUCUUCUUCACUGGCUCGCUGACCCGUAUUCCCCAGUACCAGUCGCAGACUUCCCUGGCCUACCACAUGUCCGUGACACGUUUGCCCACCAAGCAGGACAUGCUCGAGGAUCGCCAGAAGGGAUGCCGCAUCUGCCCGGAGGCAGUGCGUCGCACUCUGUCGACCAUGUUGGACACCACACUGCUCAAAUCGCCCGCCUUCAUGUGCCUCGCAUUCAGCGGUUUCCUGACCAUGAUGGGCUUCUUUGUGCCCUUCUCCUUCCUGGUAGAUCGUGCCGUACACGCAGGCAUGGAUAAGGAGUCGGCACUCGGAGUGCUUGGUGGAAUCGGACUGGUUAACACCUUUGCUAGGAUCGUUUGUGGAUCUAUCAGCUCCUUCCCCGCCGUAAAGCCCCUGUGGCUGAACAACUUUGCCCUGACUGCCGGUGGCAUUGCCACGAUCUUCAGUGGCAUCAUUAUCAACACAGCCACCCAGUGGACCUUUGCCCUGUUCUUCGGUAUCUGCAUUGCCUGCUUCUCGGCGCUGCGAUCCCUGAUCGCCGUGGAACUGAUCGGUCUGGAGAAGCUGACCAACGCCUACGGAUUCCUGAUGCUUUUCCAGGGCAUUGCCGCCACGGUGGGCAGUCCCAUUGCCGGUGGUCUCUAUUCGAUGACCCAGAGCUAUGAUGCCGCCUUCUACUUCGCCGGAGGACUGAUUCUUCUCUCAGCCUUCCUCUGCUAUCCGCUCACCUGUGUGAGCAGGUGGGAGCAAAACCGCAACCAGAAGCACACCCCCCUGCCGGCGGCCUAAGGUGCUCCAGCGUUGGAUCUAAGCAGCAGACAACCCAUUGAAAUCGCAGCCGAAAUUAUCUCCGAUUUGUGGACAACCGUAAUUGGCCAAUUAGUCAAUUUAGGUGACAUGGAGAUCCGAAGGAGCGGAGCAAUGAAAACAGAGCGCGGAAGCGUGUUCCGAGUACUUGAUACGUUAAGAUUAGACUAAGCGUAAUGUUUGUGCCUUCAGCGAUAUCGAGUGCCUAUCAUACACACCCAAAAAAAAAAACAACAACAAAAAAACCAGAAAAGCCUAAAAACUAAAAUUAAAAAUAAUGAAAAAAACACUCAAUCAGAAAACUAAAGAAAACAGCGAGGAGUGUAAAGUAUGUUUCUAUAAGCUUUAGUGGAGCAGUUGCCCAGAUUGGAAGUAGAAUUAAGCAGCCUAGGUUAACCGAAAACAUUAUUAAUACCAUUAUGUUAGCUAUAAGCAGCGUGCACAUGGCUUUGGCUGGGCCACAAGUCGACUGCCAAGUUAGGAAUCGUUUGUUGAGAGUUAUUUAACCGAUAGGAGAACACGAGCAUUUGUUUAUCUUGUAAGAGAUACUGUACGCCACCACGGACUUGUUACAUAGCGUGUAUAUACACACAAAACCCCUAGCUAGCUAGAUAGAUAUUUAUUAUGUUUAUCAAUCAAUCAAAGACACCUCUCCACCAGCCGAUCGCCCAACGAGAGGUUGUUGCACCCGCCGAUUACGAUGCCGAUGCGAUUCCGAAUCCAAUGCGGAUGGAUGCAUCGUGGGCUUAGCCGGGUCGAUCGUGGACAAAACGAACAAUCAACCAACCAACCAACCAACACGAUGAGGCAUCUGGUGCAAGUGCUGUGCUCUUAUGCAAACAGAUUUAAAUAUAUAUUACACUAUACAGAUACGAAUACAGAAACAAAUACAGAUAUACACACGGACCGCUACAUACUCAGCACGUUGAGUGCGUUUCGCGUUUACGUUUAUCAAUUACAAUUACAUUUUAAUACCGAAUGACUUGUAUUACAUUUAAAUUAAUGAGUUUACAUUGCAUUGCAUGCGACAUAAGGUUACAACAAAUAAUUCAUAAACAAUAAAGACGAUUCGGUAAUACAAACUAA